UUUGUUUUGCGUUUGUAUACCUGCGUGUAGGUUCUCUGUCUAUCCCCUAAUCUGACAGUUGAAGGUUAUGUACGAUUUAUUUUCAAAUCAAAUUGUUUCAAUCAGUCCUAAUAACAACCCCAACAAAAAUGUCAACAUCAACGAAACAAAAUUCAUGUGAUAAUGAAAAUUUGUGCGUCCUGUGUUUCAAGAAUGUCGAGAUUUAUUCUAUUGGAAUAUGUGAUCAUGCAGUAUGUUUCGAGUGUUCCACCAGGAUGAGAGUCCUUUGCAGGCAAAACGAAUGCCCCAUUUGUAGAGGAGAAAUGCCAAAGGUUAUAUUCACUAAAGAAAUAGAGCCUUUCACUACCCUCUUUGGCAAAUACUUUAAGACUGGCCAACAGGACCCCAAAUAUGGUCUGAUAUUCGCUACCAACGAGAUCAAAAAGGCUUACCAUAAGAUUCUGGAGCACAGAUGUAGUGUAUGUCACCCAGAUCAAUCAUGGCCUUUCAAAACAUUCAACCAAUUGAAGGACCAUAUGAGAAGAGAACACGAGCUGUUUUUCUGCGAUAUUUGCAUCGAAAACGUCAUGAUUUUCUCUUCGGAACGUAGGCUCUAUACUCGGCAAGAAUUAGGCAUGCAUCGCAGAAAAGGAGAUCCUGAUAACACCUCUCAUCGUGGACAUCCCCUCUGUGAGUUCUGUGACACCAGGUUUAUGGACAGCGAUGAACUGUACAGGCACAUGAGAAGAGUCCAUCUUUUCUGUCAUUUUUGCGAUGCCGACGGUAGACAUCUUUAUUAUAGGAACAUCAAUGAUCUGCAGAAACAUUUCAAGGAAGAACAUUACCUGUGCGAAGAGGGUGAAUGUAAAUCUGUACCUUUGGCAUCUGCGUUCAGGACUGAAAUAGACUUGAAAGCUCAUAUUGCUGCUAUUCACGGAAGGUCCCUUGGUAAGGUUGCGUCAAAACAAGUUAGGACUUUGGAGUUGGCAUUUACCUUGGCGCCAAGAGGUUCAGCUAACAGGAAGUACCAAGGAGAUCAAAAUAGAGAAAAUAGACUUUCCGAUGAAGGAGCUGUUGGAUAUGAACCUGGAGGUCCAGGUGGUGGCCAAGAACCUCCCGUUUUCCAUAAUACCCUCACACCGAAUAAUUUUCCAGCGUUGGCAGGUUCAUCAGGCGCAUCCGCACCCAAUUUGAGGCAUACCUCUACAUUUGCCCAAAAGAACUCCAAAAUUAACAUGAAUGAUUUUCCUAGCUUAGGCAAUAAGAAUAAUAGACCAACUUCAGGUGUUACGAUAACAACGAGCAGAAACUCUGAAGUGAGCAUAAGUAGAAAACAAAAUCAGUUCCCCGCUUUGGGAAAACCCUCUACCUCAAGGGAGAGCACAGUAUCAUUUAGUGUUCACAAUAAUCAAGACUCGAAGGCCCCCAAAGUCUCCAUUCAAGUAAAUCACAAGUCCAACGGAAGCAUACACACUCAGAUCACCACCUCAACGGGCUCCAGUUCGAAUCGGCAGAAACCUGCGGAAGCCUUUCCUGCUUUAGGAGAGUCAAGCAAGAAAACGGCUUCUAACCCUCAAUGGGUACAGGUAAAGUCUAAAAAACAAACGGAAAAAUCCACCAAAGUUGCCCCAGCACCACAACUGCCACCAAGGGAUUCCGAAUUUCCUGAUUUACAAAAAGGUAAACAGAAUAAGAAAACAUCGAGUAUACAAGUUCCUGUAUCUAACAAUUGGGUGAACCUAAACUCGCUUUCGAAAGAGCAAUCGAGGAACAACAAAAACUACACCAACGCUGCCAAACAGAAGCCCAAGGCUUCGGAACCUCAGGAAACAAGCAAAACGAACAAUCAAAAGAAAAAAAAGAAAGCCAAGGGUACCUCCAACAACCAAGAACAGAGAAGUGAAACGUCCUCGAAUAACGGGAAUGAGGAGACAGCUGAAGUCAGGCUGAAUGGUGAUGUUUACUCGGACAGCGGAUCUAGUUCCGACAGUGGUAAGCAGGUGAAGAAGCCCCCACCAGGCUUCAAACUGCCACCACCACCCGGGUUCGAAAACAGGUUCUCCGACUUUCCUUCUUUGGCUCUGCCUAACGAUUUAACAUUCACAACGAGCUUAGGGGAGUCUUAUUCGAUCGUGUCGAAACCGAACAACUACAAACAACCACCAAAUGCUGUGGUUAGGAACCAGAACAUCGUUAAAAGGUUGCGCAUGGUCAGUGGCGAAGAAGUCAUGCAACAAUUCAAGAACUGUUCUGUUCGCUUUCAUAACGGUCAAUUGAGCACGCAGAGAUUCUUUGAUUAUUGCAAGAAAGUCUUUGGGGCGAAUUUUGACGAAUUUUUCCCUGAAAUGUUGGUGCUCUUGCCCGACAUUGGGAAGCAGCAAGAACUUUUCGGUGUACUUACCGGUAAGGCGAAAAAGAACUUGGUGGCUUGCGAGAAUUGCAAGCAAAUCAUUUUCAAAAAGGAACUUUCGCACCAUUAUAAAUAUCACAGUUUUGAAAAUCAAUUUUCAAGUCAAGUAACGGCUCAAGUGAAUAGCAAUAAUUCUUGGAAUAAGUGACUUUUAUUUCUGUUUCAAGUUUACUUUUGCUUGAAAAAUCAUGUUUUCGUUUUGUUUCAUUUUUUCCUAUUGGUAAUGUUAAAUUUAUAAACAGAAUGUGCAUUUCAUAUAUAAAACAUCUUUUUUUCUGGACGGUUUUUAAUCCGGUAAUUUUUAUUUUUAGACACGUCGACAUUAUUCAAAAUAUAAAGAUUUCUUUUAAUUGAAGUGCAAUUCGCAUUAAGUUUAGUUUUUUUAAUUCGUUUUCUCAUUUUUUUUUUUUUGUAAAAAUUAUAAAUAUUAGUUCAAUAAGAUUGUAUUAUAUUAUUACUUUAUUUUGUUGGUCAUUUAAAUGGCAGUUUUAUAGUUACUAUCUCAGUUUUAUUUCUUGUUUGGAUAAUAAUAGUUGUAUGAAAAAUUUUCCAAUAUUCCUACUUUAAAAGGCAAUCAUAUUUCUUUAAUCAAAAUAUUACGUAACUUCUAACAUUGGGUUUCAAAUUAAAAAAUGAUAAAAAUUUUGGUUACAUUUUGUAAAAAUGUAAAUAUACACAAAUAAUAAUAGCUUUUAUAAGGUAGUUAGAUAUCUUCAGAUUUAUAACUAUUGUAUAUUCAAAAGAACUAUGACAAAUAAAAUAUUUUUUA